UCAUCUGGUUAGUUCCCAACCGACAUGCCGAUGGAGAAGAUCAUACUGCUCAUAGUAGCGGCACUUACCUGUCAAGUUCGAGGGCAGUGUAGAUUCAACUUUACCGAUGUAAGCCGAUCCAAUGGGAUUUUCACCUACUUGGACCGAGGAACCCUUCGCCCACAAAUCUCCUCUGUUGUUGGUAUUGGCGUUGGCCUAGCAAUGCACUGUGGUGGUGGGGAAAACCAUAGAACGAUUUGCACUACAAAUUCCAGGCUCCAACCUUCACUCCCCCUCACUUGCAAUGCACCAGCUCCGGAGAGCGAGGUUAGAUUGUACGAGGGCGAUAGGUCCCAGCAUAGAGAUUGUCCAGCGACUAUGUACUCCGUAGGUCAUACAAUCAACGGACAGUUUGUCAAGUUGUACGAUGCUUGCUAUGAUACAAGGACCUUAAGAGCUCAUUACACGCAGGCCAGCAUUUAUCCAAAGACGAUUUUUAUGCCACGCCCGGAAGACAUACAAUUUGAACCAUGUCCAGUCAUGUCCCCAGCAGAAGCACGAUCAUUUUUCAGAGGGGCAAUCCAUCGAAGAUUCAAUGACAUAUAUGGCAGAGCACAGAACUAUAUUGCCCCCAAUCGAUUGGUCAUCAAUCGUGGACAUUUGACCGCAUCGUCUGACUUUCUAUUCGAGCCUCAGUCAAGGUCUACAUUCAAAUACGUGAAUGUGGUGCCCCAGUUCGAGAGCAUUAACAGUGGAAACUGGCGGGAGAUCGAGCGGUGGGUCAUGAGCCUUAGGCCCACGGAUACCCAGAUGACAGUUCGAACGGGAGCCUUUGGUACCUUGAAGCUGAGAGACUCUCGCAAUAAAUUAAGACCUGCCUAUUUGCUCGACGCUCAGAGGAAUCCGGUGCCUAAAUGGAUGUACAAAAUAAUAGUCAGGGCCGACGGAACUAGAUAUGUCUUUCUCACACAUAACGAUAUUUUCCAUAAGCCACCUGGUCAUCAGUUUUGCACUGAGGUCCAGUGUCCGAUCAAGUUGAACAGACAACUUGCGGCAGGAGUAACUUUCUGUUGCAAUCCUGCUACAUUUAAAGUCCCUGGAAAUUAAUGAUGAUUUAUUAUUCCUCAGUUUGUAGUUUUCAAAUAUAUAAUUCGAUUGGAA